GCGGUGCUAACAGUAAGACGGCAAAACCCAGCCAGCCAGGACAGGCUGGGUUGUUGCUGGUCGAUGCAAAAUCUGUCCAUUCCAGUCGGGAUGACAGGAGUACGAACACCGUUAGCAGCAAAGAGAAAGGAGUGCUGCAGCCGAGCUGACGCUCAACUGUGAAAACCGAGAUAAUAUAGCGUCGCUGCGCAGAAGGUCGGGUCGGGUUGCGACGAGCAGUUGAGGUAAACUUUAAGCUAGCCAACGUUAAGUCUGAUGAAGUGUUCAGGAUCAUCUAAGCUAGUUAGCACGAGCGUUUGAGGUCUCCUGGUGGAGCGAAGUAUUAAGUUAGAUACGAUUUAGGUACACAUCAGCCGUUAAAACGUUUAUCGUAUGUCGAGGAGUCAUGGCGUGAAUGCUGCUUGGCUCCGCAAUAUAUGCAGACGAGCACAUUUGACUCGGGGUUGUCAACAAGCGCGCUGACGUUAGCUGUCCUGGCUAGCCAGCCAGCCAGCCUCCUGCCACCAUGGCCAAAACAGAGAACGGCCGUCAAUCUGUGGACACGCGGAGCAUCCGGACCAUCAGCAGCAGCCACAUCGACGACGAGAGCUCCGUGGGCUCCGACUCGGAGAUCAACGGCUUCGCCAGCGACCGGAGGACCGAUAAAUACGGAUUCAUCGGCGGGGCGCAGCAGUACUCGGAGGAGUCAGCUCAGGAUGUCCCUACAGAGGUGCUCAGGCAGAGGGAGGUGAAGUGGCUGGACAUGCUCAGCCACUGGGACAAGUGGAUGAUGAAAAGAUUUGAUAAGGUGAGGAUACGGUGCCAGAAAGGAAUUCCUCCUGCCCUCCGAGGUCGUGCGUGGCUCUACCUGUCAGGCGGGAAGGUGAAGAGAGAGCAGAACCGUGGAAAGUUUCAGGAGCUGGACAGUCAACCAGGUGACGUCAAAUGGCUUGAUGUGAUUGAGAAAGACCUCCAUCGACAGUUUCCUUUUCAUGAGAUGUUUGUGUCACGGGGAGGACAUGGGCAGCAGGACCUGUUUCGUGUUCUUAAGGCCUACACCCUGUACAGACCAGAGGAAGGAUACUGCCAAGCUCAGGCUCCCAUUGCUGCUGUGUUGCUCAUGCACAUGCCUGCUGAGGAUGCCUUUUGGGUUCUGGUCCAGAUUUGUGAGAAGUAUCUUCCUGGCUACUACAGUCCUGGCCUGGAAGCUAUACAGCUGGAUGGAGAAAUCCUGUUUGCUCUGCUACGACGCGUCUCCUCGCUAGCUUUCCGUCAUCUGGAGAAGUACAAGAUCGACCCCAUUCUUUACAUGACUGAGUGGUUCAUGUGUGCCUUCUCUAGAACGCUGCCUUGGGCCUCAGUGCUGCGUGUCUGGGACAUGUUCCUUUGUGAUGGGGUAAAGAUCAUCUUCCGAGUGGGUUUGGUGCUGCUUAGGUGCAUGUUGGGGACCCGGGAGAAGCUGAAGGCCUGUCAAGGCCUGUAUGAAACCAUGGAGCUUCUCAGGGCUAUAGACCCACGAUACAUGCAGGAGGGCUUCCUCGUUCAUGAGAUCGUGGAGGUGCCAGUUACGGCACGAGAUGUGGAAAGGGAGCAUCACAGCCAGCUGAAGCGCUGGAAGAAGAACCGCGGCGAGCUCAACUUUAAGCCGCCCCCUCGGAUGCACGGCGCUCGCCUAAUCAUGAUGGCCGAGCCGCCGAGGCGCCAGGACCUGGAGCAGAACCCCACCAUUGUACUCGAGGUUCCUCAGUCCACCUCACAGCUGAGAGCGAGCAAGAAGAAGAGGAGCAUGAAGAAAUCUCAGGCCACUGUGGAAAUUCCCAACCCGUAUCCUCUUACACACAACCCUUCACCUCCACCCUCGGAUCCACUUGCCCCACCUCCAGUCAACACCAAGAUGUCAGACUCCUUUCGCCAGCAGCAAGCGCCUCUUACAGACCUUGUCCCUGCCAAAGAGUCUUUUCUUCAGCAGUCCACACAGAGCCUUAGCAGCACAGAGCAGGACACAUACCUGUAGCUUCACCGUAGUCACUUCGACUGCAUGAGUGGUAAAAGCACCAAAGCACCAGCAACAGCCGGCCUUUGCCUUGUGGCAUCACUGUUAUUCUAACAUUGGACUCUUUUGUAUUCAUAUAUUUACCUUUUGAUAACAUUUCGAUUAGAAAAUUAUUAGCAUACACGAAAGCUUCAACGCCACAUGUAAAACUACUUCUGUGCUUGUGCCAUUUCUCCUGGUGUUACCUCCUCUUGGUUUUUCUUUGUUUAGAUCAUAAGUCUUGGUUUUCUGUGCAUAUGGGAAACAUGUUACUGACCUAAUGGGAGCAUAGUAAUAUCUACACGUAACAGUGGUGUAAAUAAGAGUUAAAGAUUAGAGAUGCCACAGUGGAUGCGGUUCUUUUUAGCAUUUCUAUUCAUUUCAACACCUUUGUUACUUUAAGCAGUGGCUGAUACAGUUGUUAUACUUUUCAAUGCAAGGUCUUUUAUUUCAGAGUUUUGGUCACUAGAGGGCAGCCUCGCAGAGGGUUGAGCCAUCAUCUUCCUCUACUGAGAAGCUCUUUUUGUACAAGCACUAUUUAUUAAGUAAAACCUGAAAUGAGUCCAUAGUCUGCUAAUGCACUAAAGGUCUUUGUUUUUUUCAGUCAGUGUAGUGAUGUGGUCCAACUCUUUGUAAAUGAGACACUUUGCAGCAGUAAUUUAUGUUACAGUUCGCUCUGUGGCAGAACACUGGACAUUCCUCACUCUAUGACACAUUCCUGCCUUGUUGAACGCCUAAACAGUCUGAAGGCCGCCUCUUGCCAAAUGCAAAUGUGUUUGUGUGUGUGUGUACAUGUGUUUCUAUCACAACGUAGACUGUGAGUGAUCACACAGGAAUCACCUAGUGGUGCUGACCGUCAUCCUGGCAUAGCUCAAAUAUUCACCAUUUGGGCUCUUUGUUGGGUGAUUUUUUGGUUUUUCUAAUAUUUGCUAGAAUUUCCAAAGCAAAUCAACAUUGUUGUUUAGAGACUAUUCACAAACCGUGACCCGCUGCUUUUGUUAGUACAGUAGAGAUCAUGGGAUUUUCCAGUGUAUUGGGAUCUUUGGAACAUUUCACUUAACGUGUAUAGUUUCUUUGGGAAUCCUGGAGAUAUUCAGUGCCUAAAGGCUUUUUUUAAAAGCAUGUUGGACAAUCUUUUUUUUUUCUCAGCCAGUCUGUUUUCUAACAGUGAAAAAUGAUAAAGGGAGAUUUAACAGGCAUCUGCACACACUAAUAAAUUUGCAAAAAAACGCAUGUGUAGAUAAUAAAGAGCUACAAGUUUCAAAGGGAUGACACAUUUCCAAGCAGUGACACUCCUGUAGUUUUUUAGGUGCUUAAAUAACCCACCUCACAUUUCGCUGAUGUUAUUUUAAUUUAAUACUUUGUGUAGAUAUGACAUGUAAAUGAAAUCUAUUUUUCAUUGUAUAAAGCUUUAUUUUAUUGAACAGUUUUAGCAGAUGGGACAUCUCUAAAUCUUCAGGACCAUAUACUUUAAUAUUUGAAACGCUAGAACAUCUUCAUCUGGAAAUGGGGGAACUGUUUACCACUGAAAAUGGAGUUUUUUCACCAAUCACAAUAAGCCUAAAACUGUUUGACAACCAUGGACACUAUGCAUCAUCAUGACUUUAAUUUUUACCAAUAAAGAUUUGUUCAAAUUCA